AUGGACCCAACAGACCUACUACCGCUGCUUGAGCAGCUGGAUGACAAUGUCGACGACUUGGAGGCUGUGCUCGAGCCUCUUUUGGCCAGCACACUCGUCAAAAGCUCAAACAAAUUGCCUGUUAUGGACAAAGCAAAACUUCACGUCUUGAUCACUUACACACUUGAAUCACUAAUCUUCUCUUAUCUGCGGCUUCACGGCGUGGAUGCGAAGCAGCACCCAGUGUUCCGGGAACUGACCCGUGUGAAGCAGUACUUUGAAAAGAUCAAGGCACUGGAGACAGAGCCGGAGGAACGCUCCAUGACUCUCGAUAAGGCAGCUGCGAACAGAUUCAUCAAACAUGGCCUUGUGAGUGUUGACCUGUCUAUUGUAUCGCAAUGGCUAUUGACCAAGUUUCCACAGUCUGGCAAUGAUAAGUAUGACCUGGAACGAGCAGAAAAGCAGGCCAAAGAGCGAGCCCGUGCUCAGUUCAAAGCCGACAUGCUCGCCCGCAGGAGCAUGGAGGCCUCGAAAGCACAAACCAAUAACGACUCUGACGAUGAUGAUUCUGAAGGGGGUGUGGACGUUACAACAGCAGCAGAGCCCCAGGCUGACACAAGCCAAUCCGAAAAGACCGAGAAGGAUAGCCAAAAGAAGUCCAAGGGAGAACACAAAUCACAAAGCAGCAAGGCAAAGAAGGAGAGGAAAAUCAGCAAGGCGACACUGAAGGAAGAGAAGAAGGAGCGACGGCUGAAGAAGGAGGAGGCUCGAAAGGCUCGAAAGGCCCAAUGA